CUACAAUCAUGAAGGGGGCUAACAUCUCACCUGUAGCCGACCCGGGGGGGCGGUGCGUUCUGCACAAACCAUGUGGGGGAAUGUUUCGAUGGAUGGGUGUAUAAAAAGCGAAAGCAUCCAAACAGACGGUGCUUAGUCGCGAUCGAGUGUCGGCAGUGAUCGAGAGAACCGUUCGAAUCGGUACGAGUGGUUGUGAAUCAGUUCAUACUUAAACUACUGUGCUAAGUAGUUAACGAAGUUAGUGCAAAGUGAUUUAAACUGUGAAAUUUGUUAAACGAGCAAAAUGUUGCGCGGUUCUGUUGCGUUGUUCGUUUUGAUUGCGAUUGUGUCCGGUGCUGCAGCGACCUUUGGAUACGGGCUGCUUGGUGGGACAGGAUAUAAUGGCGGAUAUGGUGGAGGCUGGGGUGGAUACAAUGGAUAUGGAAACUAUGGUAGCUAUGGGGCAGGUUAUCAACCGUAUGGCUACGGAUAUGGAUAUCCUGGCAAAUAUGGUGACUAUGGUGGUUAUGGAGGAUAUGGAGGCUAUGGUGGAUAUGGAGGAUAUGGUGGAUAUGGUGGAUACGGUGGUGGCGGUUAUGGAGGAUACGGAGGAUACGGAGGGUACGGAAGUGGCUACGGAGGGUAUGGAGGAUUAAAACCUUACUACCGAUAAACGGACGGCAUACGGCGGAUGCCAGUUUAGUGGAUAAGCCUGUCUAGUGUUAAAUUCGUUUGCGUUUAAAUGUGAUAAACUUCGUUCUUUUACCGUUAGCUUGUUUUAAUUUCACACCGGAUUGGAAUAAACUCUCGUUCAAAGCUCA